AUGCGGUUAAUUCUGGUUAAACCCACAAAUGCAACCCGACGCCUCGAUACAACGGGUCAAGUAUUCCGUGAUGACGAACGUGAGGGUUGCACCUCAAGAGGUCAGUCACUACCGACCAGUAUUCCUGAGGGGAUACAUGGACAACACUCAGGAACAAUUGAUGCUCCUUCAAUUCCCCAUGAAAUUUACAAUGGAGUCAUUCCAUCCCCGAAAGUGUCCGCUCAGAUGUUACCGCUACAAACUGAAAACAUGAGCAUAUCUCAGAGGACGAAUCAGGACUGGCUGCUGCUUUGUGGCCAAGUUAGCGGUGAGGGGGCCGAUUCUUCCUUAUCCCCAGUCCAGAGACCAGGCACAGGUAUGGGACAUCCAAACAAUGACACAUGUGCUUGUUCCUGUUCUGGUGCACAGCAGCAACAUCCUGAAACGUCUAUCUUCCAUGCCUCAGUACAGAAGUUUAGUACCGAUUGUUUCAUGCCACAGUACCGAAACCAACAAGAGCAAAUGUCUCUUCCCCGACAACAAACUUGCAAUCAUUUCAAAGAUGCCAAUUCAAACUUUAACAUCCCACUGCAUGCCGCCGACGAAUGUCCCGUGAAAAUCAAGAAACUUUUCCAACAUUCUCUGCCUGCCGAGAGUGGCGAGCCCAAUUGGAGAGAGCGGUGUCAGGAUCGUGAAAAGCAACACGCACGUUACUCUGUCAGUGGUGGCGAAACCUGGAAGCCCCACGACGAUCCACCCAUCAUCCUCAAAUGUCAUCAUCUCUCAUCCAACCAUAUGACCAGAACACCCUGCGCCCAGAGGUCUUCUACACCAGCCACUAACCACAGUGUGCAGUCCUUCUCCACCAGUCAGUAUAGCUCUUUUGACCAUCAAGACUUAGUAGAGGAGGCAACGAGAAGAUAUAGUCAGACAAACACCAAUAAGCAUCUCAGUGGAUCCAAACUUUCGCCUACAAAUCACAUCACUCCGUCUGAAGUCACAGAAAGAGGCGCUCAUGGCAAUGGUGAUGCCGUGGGGUCGCUGGCCAGCCAUGAAACUGCGAGAUCCACUGUGGAUGAAAUCCAAUCGGGCCAGCAGCUUCUUCACAGCACCCUCCUGGAGGAUGCCUUCUCCAAAGUCAUCAGAGAGGAUUCAAGUAAGACCAAUUGUGAGAACGCCAUUACAGAGGAUGGUAGCGUACCGCCGAAGAAGGACAUCAACUUCAGACUGGGUCAACGUAGAGCUCUUUUUGGAAAGCGCAAACAGCUGAGUGACUACUCUUUGGUCUGUGGGAUGUUUGGCAUUGUUGUCAUGGUGAUUGAGACUGAGCUGUCUAGAGGAUUUUACAGCAAGGAGUCCACAUAUUCUUAUGUACUAAAAGGUCUUAUCAGUGUUUCGACAACUAUUUUACUUGGCCUUAUUCUCAUGUACCAUGCGAGGGAAAUCCAGCUCUUCAUGGUGAACAACGGCGCAGAUGACUGGCGGAUCGCCAUGACCUUUGAGCGAAUUCUCUUCAUUGUGUUGGAGCUCCUCGUGUGUGCCAUCCAUCCCAUCCCAGGUCGAUAUGUGUUCAGCUGGACUACUCGACUGGCGUUCAACUACACCUCAUUGGUGGCGGACGCUGAUGUUGACAUUAUCCUGUCCGUGCCCAUGUUUCUCCGCCUCUACCUGAUUGGCCGGGUCAUGCUACUCCACAGCAAGCUCUUCACCGAUGCAUCUUCUCGUAGCAUCGGGGCGCUAAACAAGAUCAGCUUUGACACUCGUUUUGUCAUGAAGACUCUGAUGACCAUCUGCCCUGGCACUGUCCUACUCGUGUUCAGCGUAUCCUGUUGGAUUAUUGCUGCAUGGACUGUGCGCAUUUGUGAGAGAUAUCACGAUGCACAGGAAGUGACCAGCACCUUUCUGGGAGCAAUGUGGCUGAUCUCUAUCACUUUCUUGUCCAUCGGCUAUGGUGACAUGGUGCCUCACACUUACUGCGGAAAAGGAGUGUGCCUGUUAACAGGCAUCAUGGGAGCAGGUUGUACAGCUUUGGUGGUUGCCGUGGUUGCGAGGAAGUCAGAGCUCACCAGAGCUGAGAAACACGUCCAUAACUUUAUGAUGGAUACUCAGCUCUAUAAAAAGGUAAAAAACACUGCAGCCAAUGUGUUGAGAGAGACAUGGCUCAUUUACAAACACACCAAGCUGGUGAAGAAAGUUGAUCGUGCGAGGGUACGCCACCAUCAACGUAAAUUCCUGCAAGCUAUUCACCAACUGCGAAAAGUUAAAAUGGAGCAAAGGAAACUAACUGACCAGGCCAACACCAUUGCUGAUCUUGCAAAGACUCAGAACAUGAUGUACGAUUUGGUGUCGGACCUGCAGCAUCGAAGUGAGGAGCUAGACAGGAGGAUUGUGGCCUUGGAAGACAAACUGGACUUGAUGCUUCUCAACAUGCACUCGCUGCCUGAUGUGCUCUCUCAAGCAAUAACAAAGAUACAAAAAGAUUUUUUAGAUGAUUUGGUCUGCCGUGUCCACCUCCUAUCGUCCUCCCGAAGCUCUGAGUGCUGCUCGGUUCCCGCCAGGCCACUCUGUCAAGGCUCCAUCUCAUCACAGACGCCAUAUGGAUGAUAAGAAUAUAAAAUCCGAGCAGAACUUGUGAUUUGGAUAACUUCACAACAACAUACACAUUCCGAAAACUUUGAGAAGUUAGUCAACAUAGUCAUCUUAUUUUGUAAAUUGUUUGAAUGCAUUAAACCAAUAGCAAGGGCUGCAUUAAAUGUAAAUAAUAAAUACAUGAUUGUUUGUGAUUAA